AUGGCACAAAAAAAGCAAGAAUCGAUAACUUCUUUUUUUAAGUUAACGCCUAACAACGAUACUUCUACGAAUAAACGAGCAUCCUCGCCAGUAAACUCGACUGAAUCUGUUAAAAUUUGUCGUACUUUAAGCUUAGAUACAAAUGACUCAAUUAAUGUUUCUUUAACCGAAGACAGUAAUAAUUAUGAUAUUGGGUUUUAUACUGACCGUAUGUUAUCGAAUGAACAUCUUAACAUCUUAAUUGUUAUGACAAAAAUUUGGAUGCCAAAUAUAUCUUACAAAUUCCCACAAAAACUAUAUACAGUUCAAAAUAAAUCAAAAUAUUUAAAGUUCCAAUAUUCGUGGCUAUUAAGAUUCUCUUGGUUGGCAUACUCCAAAAUCGAAAAUGCUGAUUUCAAAGAACAUUCUACCAAGGGUUAUCAUAAAACAUGUGUGUUAAGUUCAGAUCAUUUUAUUGAUGUUAUAAAACAUCCUGGAAAGUCUAUAGCGUGCAAAAUAGAAACUGGAAGAGCUGAACAAAUUAUAAAAAAUCGACAAAACAUAUCUCCAAUAAUUCAAACAGUAAUUUUAUGUGGUAAACAAAAUAUUCCGCUUAUGCGACAUCGAGAUUCUGGGAAAAUUAUUGUAGAACAAGAAAAUGACAAGCUAAUCCAAAACCAGGGAAAUUUUAGAGAAAUAUUGAGAUAUAGAGCCCAAGGAGAUGACCAUUUUAAAUCAUUUUUGGAAGCUGAAGGAACAAUAAAAUAUAAAAGCGCAACACUUCAAAACGAAAUCAUUGAAUCUUGCAAUAAAAUUAUUUUAAAUAAAAUUGUAACAAACAUAAAUUCCCAAAAAUGUUUUACAAUACUUGCUGACGAAACGGCCGACAUUAGUGGAAUCAAACAAGUAUCUUUAUGUGCGCGCUAUUUAGAUGUUGAAAAUAUGAUUAUCAAGGAAGAAUUUCUUCAGUUUGUGCCUACGACAGAUACUACUGGAAAAGAAACAAAAUACCUAAGAGGGCAGGGUUACGAUGGAUGUGCGUCAAUGUCCGGUCAAUUUAACGGAGUUCAAGCUAUUAUUCGCCAAAUUCACCCACUUGCGACGUAUGUUCAUUGUGCUGCUCAUGUUUUAAACAUUGCUGUUCCUUAUUCAUGUUCUAUACAAGAAAUACUAAAUUGUUUAGGAACAAUAUCUAAAGUUCGAGAUUUCUUCAUAUACCCCAAGCGAAAAGAUGUGUUGAAAAAUGAAAUCGAAGAAAGUCAAGAAUGUAUUACAAAAAAAACAUUAAAAAGAUUAUGUGCGACUAGAUGGGUUGAACGUUUUCAUGCUGUUAAUGAUUUUCUUGAACUUUUCGAGUACGUAAUUGAAUCGUUAUUUAUAAUUUCGAAGUGGAAUGACACUGAAACAUCAUCACAAGCAAGCAAUUUACGAACAUCAAUACUGAAAGGAGAUUUUAUUAUUUGCUUACUUAUUGUGAAUAAAGUAUUUAUUUAUGGACUACCUCUUUCAAAACAACUUCAACGAAUAAAUAUUGAUCUAGGCGAAGCUAUGGAUCUUGCGGAAGAUACAAUAAAAGAACUUCAAACUAUAAGAUCGAAUGCUGAGUCUGAAUUUCAUACAAUUUUUGAAAAUGCAUUGACUUUAGCAAAUAAACUAGAUAUAAAUAUUUCCAUACCACGUAUUACAGGAAGACAAACGAAAAGAGUAAAUAUUGAAACAAAUUCACCAACAUCAUAUUUUCGAGUUGCUUUUUUUAUUCCUUAUUUAGAUACAUUUAUAGAUCAACUAAAUUCAAGGUUUGUGAAUCAAAAAAUGUUAUUAUUGGACUUCAAAUCAUUAAUUUCAACAGACGAAAAUGAACCUCGCUUCUUACGCCUGGCACAAAAGUACAUGUUUGACUUAAAUGAAUGUGAAGAAUCUGUGUUAUUGGCCGAGUUCAAAUUAUGGCAAAGACGUUUAAAAAAUAUUAAAUCAUCAAAUAUACCAAGAAAUUCCAUGGAAGCAAUAGUUUUAUGCAAUAGACAAGUUUAUCCAAGUGUAUUUAAACUAUUACAGAUUUUUGCAACUUUACCAGUAUCAACUGCAUCUAGUGAGAGGUCAUUUUCAAACUUGAAAAGAAUAAAGACAUACUUGCGGAACACAAUAUCACAAGCGCGGUUAAAUGGUUUAGCUAUGCUAGCUAUCCACAGAGAAGUUGGAAUUGAUGUCAAUGAAGUGAUCGACCAUCUAAGUUUAAAGAAGAGACGCUUAGAUUUUUUACUAUAG